AUGAGGAUCCCCUUGAUGGUGGCGGAGGGAGAGUCGGCCGAGCCAAUGUUUUCUAAAUAUUCUUCCUUUAAAGAUGCAGUGACAAAUUUGGCUAGCAUGAGUCAUUUUUCGGAGAAUGACUGGGAAGAAGAAUACUUUGAUUUAGAUGAUAGGGACUUAUUAAGGAAGAUGGUUGAUGGUAUGCCAACACUUGACUUCUCGGAAAGACUUUAUUCUCUUAUCGAGAAGAAUUAUUGUAAUGUCCUAUCCGAUGGGACCUGGGUGAUCUACAGGCAGUAUCUUACAGUCCAACCAUGGACAACCCAAUUCUCCUUACUGCAGAAGUUUCCUGAGAAUGUUGUUACAUGGAUUCACGUUCUUAGUCUGUUAGGGGUGUUUUACAAGAGAAGUGUUUUGCGAGCUAUUGGAGAGCUAGUAGGAAAAGUUUUCAAGAUAGUUUUGCAAACUGAUAAAAGGGUUCGGGGACAAUUUGCAAAGGUCCAAGUAGCCAACAGAAUUCAUAGAGUUGAGUAUGAGUCCCUUCCUAUGAUUUGUUAUAGCUGCAGCACUUACGGUCACAUGAGGGAGAACUGUGCUAAAGUUCAUAAUACAGAAAGCAUGGAGGAGGAAUCGGACAUGGCUAAUGAGAAUCUUGUAAGGAUGAAGCAACAACUAGAAAUCUCGACUCAAGUGAGAGUUGAAAAGGAGGAGUAUGGUGAAUGA